UUGUCCAAUCGACGGAUCUCCUUUGUGAAGGUACGUUGGAAGGCAUUGGUGUCGGGGUUGAGCUAGCGGCAGCCAGCCGGUCAGUCGAGUGACACCCGUAAAUGAGAGAUAUAGAUGAGACUUACAUCUCUGAAUUCAACCUGACCAAGUUCACCCAGAGCACUGACAACCUCUCUACCGAUUUCAUUGGCAAUGUAAAGCUGGGUCAGGCUCAUGUCCGAAGACCGGAAGAAGGUGUCCCUUGGAGCCAUGGUGACGGGGGAAGCUGCCUGCAGCAGUACCUAUCCACAGCAAGGGCUAAGUGCGCAGUGGCGCUGUUAUCAGAGAAUGUAUAGAGUAGAGUAACGAUAGAAGCUUUCGUAUGAUAACGAAACAGCUUUGAGCUAAUGGAAAGAGCCCCGACGCCUGAGUUCGGU